AUGCCUCCAAAACAGUCAUUGGAGAAUCAAGAACACCCUCACUGCAUUUAGAGAAAACAAAAAUCCAUUAAGAAGCCAACAUAGAAGUGGAUGUCAAUAGAUCAAUAUGCAAAGCUAACGAAGAGAGCUAUCCGCGUUUAGAUGAGAUCGAUUCAAAAGGAUUUCUCCGUUUAGAAAGAUUAGAAUAAUAAUAAAUAAUAUUUGAGAGAAUCUAAUUAAAAGUUAUUAACAUCAUUCUUCUAAUUUAAAAAUUAAACUUCAUUGUCAGAUUUUGAUAAGUCAAAGGCGUCAACAGCUCAUUCAGAGAUUUCUUAAACUGACUGUUAAUCUAUUUAGAACAACUAAUUGUUCUCACAGUAAACCAUACUUAAACAGAAAAAGAAGAUACUCAGAGUUGUAAAAAAACAAAAGAAAAAAUUUAACUUAUUGAAACUUAAGCCGUUGAGAAAGGGAGGAAGAACAUAAGUUUUCAUAUUGCUCAAAGAAAAAAAUCUAGGAUUCAGUAAGGCUAUCUAGAAUAGAUUUAAGAAAUUGGAGCAAAAGACUCAUUAAGGAGUAGACUAAGAUGUUGAUACAGAUGAGGAAAAUUUGAUAGGAUAAACAGAUUAGUUAAAAGAGUAGGUUUAAAAUGCAAUUUUGAAUUUUCAAAAAGAAGCCAAUGCAAUUGAAUAGAUUAACAAUCUUAUGGAAAUCUAUUCCUAGAAAUGA